UGUGUGUGUGUGUGUGUGUGUGUGUGUGUGUGUGUGUGAGCAGUUACCCAGUUGCUCUUCAUCUCUCGGUCAUGUUGUCAUUAGGCACCCACUUCAUGCGUCUUGCAGCCCCUGGUUGCUUAGGAAGAAGCCGCUCCAUAGCAACCAUCAUUUCUGGCAACAAGACAUCCAAGUUGGUGAGACAGAGGCUGAAGAACGAGGUGCAGAAGAUGACGAGUGACUUCUCUGGGUUCAAACCCGGUUUGUUGGUUCUUCAGGUGGGAGACAGAGACGACUCUAACUUGUACAUCAGCACCAAACUGAAGGCUGCGGCUCAGAUUGGAAUUGAUGCGAAACAUGUGAGGCUUCCAAACACAGCAACGCAAUGUGAGGUCCUGCAGAGCAUCAUGUCGGUGAACGAGAACCGUUUGGUUCACGGUUUGAUCGUGCAGCUUCCUCUGGAUUCUGUGAACAUCAUCGACACUGAACUCAUCGUCAAUGCCGUGUCUCCAGAGAAAGACGUGGACGGUCUGACCUGUAUAAAUGCAGGGAGGUUGUCUCGAGGUGAACUCAAUGACUGUUUCCUCCCGUGUACACCGAGAGGCUGCAUGGAGCUGAUCAGACAGACAGGCGUUACCGUGGCAGGGUCAUCUGCGGUGGUGAUUGGUCGAAGUAAAAUUGUUGGUGCUCCGAUGCAUGACCUGUUGUUGUGGAAUCAUGCCACCGUGACCACCUGUCACUCAAAGACAACAAACCUACCUGAGCAGGUGAGUAGGGCUGACAUCCUGGUGGUGGGAGCAGGUAAAGCUGAGAUGAUCAGAGGAGAGUGGCUGAAAGAAGGAGCUGUGGUCAUUGACUGUGGAAUUAACCACAUACCAGAUCACACAAAGGAGAGCGGUAAACGUGUCGUCGGAGACGUCCACUAUGCCUCAGCCAAUCAGAGAGCAGGAUUUAUCACACCUGUCCCAGGAGGGGUGGGGCCGAUGACGGUGGCCAUGCUCAUGGAGAACACGGUGCAGAGCGCACGUCGUUUCCUCAAACACGUCUGAACUGAACCAACUUUACAGGAAACACUGAGGUGGACAGUUUGGACAGGUGUGGACAAGAUGACAUCCUCUGUCUCCACAGAUUUGAAUAAACACCGUUUCACCAGUCAAAAAAA